AUGACUGACCUGGUAAAAUGGUGUUUGAAAAUCGCAUAUGGCUACGGACGGCUAACCGGCGUAAUCAACUUUGAGAUCGAUUUGAAAACGGGGCAAACGCAAUUUACCAGAAGAGCAACGUUUAUUUCAGCCAGCACUCACUUGCUUAUUUUUGGCCUACUCGUCUACCAUACACUGCGACGAAAUGUGGUGACCGUGAUGUGGAGGUACUCCAAUUCCCUUCACGAGCACGUGUUCCUGGUGAUAGCGGGCUUUCGCAUAGUAUGUGUUUUUCUGGCUCUAGUCAGUCGAUGGUCGCAACGCCGGACCUUCAUGAGACUCUUCAACUCCUUCUGGCGCAUGUAUCAGAGAAAUCCGGCGAUUAUUCAGUACUGUCGAAGGAGCAUCGUUAGCAAGUUCUUUUGCACCACAAUCGCCGAGACACCGCAGGUCCUGAUCACCUUGGCCCUGAUGCGGAAUCAGCUAAGCAUCGCUGUGGCUCUGCGCAUUUGGGCCGUAUUCAGUCUGACGGCCAUAUUGAAUGUGAUUAUCUCGCAGUAUUUUGUUGCCGCCGCUUGUGUGCGAGGUCGCUAUGUCCUUCUGAACAAGGAUCUUCAGGCGAUUGUGAGCGAAUCGCAAUCGCUGAUUCCGAAUGCAGGUGGCGUUUAUGUGACCAAGUGUUGUUGCCUAGCCGAUCGCCUGGACAGCUUAGCCAAGUCGCAGUCUGAUCUGCAGGAGCUCGUCGAAAACUUGUCAACGGCAUACCAAGGUGAAGUCGUCUGCCUGGUCAUCACAUACUAUCUCAAUAUGCUGGGAACCGCGUAUAUGAUGUUCAGCUUUAGCAAGUAUGGCAGUCUUGCCAAGAACCUGCCCAUACUUGUGCCGCUUUGUGCCAUCGCCCGCUUCUUCAUUUACAUCUUCGAUUGCUGGCUGAACGCGUUUAAUGUAUUUUACCUUCUGGAUGCUCACGAAAAGAUGGUUGGGUUGCUCGAUAGACGGACAUUGUUUCAGCCAGGACUGGAUAAGCGAUUGGAAAUGGCCUUUGAAAGCUUUGCUCUGAACCUGGCGCGCAAUCCAUUGAAGCUGCAUAGUUACGGCCUAUUCGAAUAUGGUCGUGCAUCAUCGUUUGCUGUGUCUAACUCCCUAUUAACGCAUUCGCUGCUACUCAUACAAUACGACGUGCAGAACUAUAAAACUUUGGGAUAA